AUGACAACAUUGGAAAUUGGGGCAGGAUCAGCAGGAUCAGUAAUGGCCAAUAGACUGUCAGAGGACCCGGACAUAAAAGUUUUACUUCUAGAAGCAGGCGGUCAAGAAAAUAUAAUAACGGACAUUCCGAUGGCUUCCUUUUUGAUCCAGCGAACACCUGUGGACUGGGCCUACCAAACUGAACCACAAAAAUAUGCUGGUUUUGGACUUUUUAACAACAAACUCAGGUGGCCUCGGGGUAAAGUGUUAGGCGGCUCCAGUGUUUUAAAUUACAUGCUGUAUAUUCGAGGAAAUCGACGAGACUACGACCGCUGGGAGCGAGAGCAUGGUGCCUACGGCUGGGGUUGGAAUGAUGUAUUUCCUUAUUUUUUAAAGGCAGGAGACAACAGAGACCCUUUACUGGCGAAUAAUGGAUUUCAUGGUAGAGGAGGCCAUCUCACUGUAUCCAAUCCACCUCAUGUUAUGCCUUUAGCAUAUGCAUUUAUUGAAGCUGGAAAGACCUUUGGCUACCCUAACAUUGACCUUAAUGGACCUCGACAAUCUGGAUUCGCUAUCCCACAGGGAACAAUCCGAAGAGGAGCACGAUGCAGCACGGCAAAGGCGUACCUGAGACCAGCAAGUGGAAGACCUAACCUCGAUAUUGUUAUAUUUGCUUUCGUCACUAAAAUAAUUUUUGACGAUAAUUUUCGAGCACGAGCGGUGAAUUACGACAAAUUAGGAAUUUCGCACGUGGUCUUUGCAAGAAAGGAAAUCAUCCUCAGCGCUGGUACUGUCAACUCUCCAAACCUUCAAGACCACGUUUAUCCAGCAGCCCUGGCCUUUAUUGUUGACCAACCGGUUACAGUUUUCUUACUGAGAGCCAUUAAACCCUCAAACAUCGUUAAAUACUUCACGAAAGGAAAAGGCCCUCUGACGAUACUUGGUGGUGUUGAAGGACUGGGUUUUAUUAACACAAAAUUUGCGAAUGUCACAGAUGACUAUCCUGACAUAGAAAUUCAUUUUCUUUCCGGGAGUGUAGUCUCUGACCUUGAAGUCGCAUUUCGAGCGAACCAAGGUAUCACCGACGAAAUAUGGGAAGGAGUGUACAAGCGUUACCUGGGUGUAGAAAUCUUUUAUCCUUUGACAUCUAUGAAGAAAUGUUUGGCUCUGGCUGAAACACCAGCAUUCCAAAAGUUUGGAACACGACUAAUCUCGGACGUCUUUCCUGGCUGUGAGGAUUACAAGCUGUUGAGUGAUGAGUAUCUAGCUUGCUUAGCCAGAACGCUGACAUUUACCAUCUACCACCCUGUGGGAACGUGUAAGAUGGGUGAUUAUAGAGAUCCGAGCACAGUCGUGGACCCCGAACUCAGGGUGAAAGGAGUGACAGGAUUGCGUGUUAUUGACGGUUCCAUAAUGCCUGCGAUUGUGUCUGGGAACACCAACGCUCCAAUCAUAAUGAUUGCAGAAAAAGCAGCAGAUAUGAUUCGAGGAAUUAGAACAGUACCGAUAUUUCGAAAAUAAAAUAAUUAAAUAUAAAUGAGGUGAUAACGAUACCUUAUUAAAACAAUCGAGACAUAUGUGGUAUAUUUUAUAUAUAUCAGUUUAUGAUUAAAAGUACACGACGACCACAGAUGAAUAUAAUUUACUGUAUUUACAGAAGCUAGGAGAUUCACUAACGAGUAUAUUACAUUUUAUAUAAAUGUUAAAUAUUGCAUAUUAAAAGUCAACCAAUUGUUUAUUUCUGUGAUAAACCGACUUCGUUAAUUUUAUUUAUUCUCGAAGUACUUGGCAAAAUAAUAAGCAGGUCUUAAAAAUUUGACUUAUUAUUCAUAACAAGUGUUCUGUAAAUAAAUUGUAUAUAUGCAAACCACUUGCAUAUGAUGAUGAUGAAACGAGAAUUUAUUUAAUUUUAUAUUUGAGUCUUACAGGAAAUACUAUUUUUAAACUCUUCUGUUCAUAGGUCACAUUUCAAUAACCAAACGUACGUUCAUAACCAUUUAUCAGGUGAAUAAGAUUCAUAUGCUCUUAAUGUCAGUGACUGCAUUCAGUUGAUGACGAAAUAAAGUGCAAUUACUGAUAUAUUAUAGUGUUACGUCUCCGUUCGUUAGUUAAUUUUCCGUAAAUUCUUUCCGACUAAACUAUA